GUCCGUGCUCCAUCCUUUCGGUCCACAGCUGCCCUAGAAAAUUUGGCGAAAGGCAACAAAAUUAUUUGGCGCGACGGAAUCCUCUUGUGAACAUCUCGAAAGCCUCACUAACCGACCAACUCCUCUUUCCAGCAAAACCCACCUCCCCUCCCCCUCCGCCAAAUUGAGCCAGUACCGCCAAAAUGGGUCGCGUUCGCACCAAGACCGUCAAGAAGUCCGCCAAGGUCAUCAUUGAGCGGUACUACCCCAAGCUCACCCUGGACUUCGAGACCAACAAGCGCAUCUGCGAUGAGAUCGCCAUCAUCGCCUCCAAGCGCCUCCGCAACAAGAUUGCCGGAUACACCACCCACUUGAUGAAGCGUAUCCAGCGUGGCCCCGUCCGCGGUAUCUCCUUCAAGCUCCAGGAGGAGGAGCGUGAGCGCAAGGACCAGUACGUCCCCGAGAUCUCCGCCCUCGACUUCACCCAGAACACCGAGAGCGGCCAGCUCGAGGUCGACGUCGAGACCAAGGACCUGCUCAAGCACCUCGGCUUCGACUCCAUCCCCGUCAACGUCACCCCCGUUGGCCAGACCCAGGUCCAGGAGCGUGGUGGCCGCCGCUUCGGCGACCGCCCCCCCCGCCGCGACUAAAUCGUUUCGAGUUCGGAUCGGGCGAAAGGAAAAUGGAUUGGUUUUAACGGGCUUACGGGAAAGGACGGCAUAUGAUAUCACACAUGCUACCACAGGCGUCUUACGGGACGGUAGUGAGUUCACGCACCUAGAACUGCAAGAAAAAGUUCUGUUUUCCCACACAAGGUGUCGCCGAUUCUCUAGGGUAAUUCCGGAGAUGACGCUUGACUGCCAAAACUUCGUCUCCCCUCCCUUUUUGUGUCGUGAUGCUGUCGAUUUUAACCUGGAGAUCUGAGACGAGACAAGAUCCAACCACACAUGGCUGUCUUCGUCACGAAUUCCGAGGCAAAAAGUGAUGUUGAAGUUCCUGGUUGUCUCGCUGGGUAUCAAAUCUAUAUGGAGCAACCAGUUUCUGUGACCAUGUCUCUUGCGACCAUCCCUUACGCCGAAGUGUUUUCCCAACCUUCGUGGCGAAAAUCACCCUAAUCACACCGAUUAAAAGCCAUCGAGUCACGCGUUUUCGUUCCUAAAUUGGGCUUCGGCUUGAGAUGCUUCGGCCCGAGCCUGCGCUUUUCCGGCUCCCGGCCGAUGCCCUUCUACCAGUAAGUGGGCAUCGUCGGGUUCUAUAAAGGAACCGUUGUCGUCGGCUGGCGGCUGGACCUCCCUCUCGCGGAUGGCCAGUGUGAAGGUCUUCUUUCCCUCUUGGCGCACCUCACCCCGCUCCAGGGCUAGCGUCGCAGAUUCGUCGGCCACCCGCCUGGUCUCCUCCAACCUCAGGUUCGCGAGGUCGCGCGUCGCCUGGGCGGCAGGGUCCUCCUCCUUCGCGGACUUGUGCUCGCCGAGCAGCUCGAUUUCGAUGUCGGGGAUGCCAGCGCGUUCCCAGGCGGCGGUCUCGUUGAGCUGGACCUUGACGUAGAGGGCCCUGCGCUGGCAGUCCUUGGAGCACCACUUCUCCGACUCCUUGCGGUUAACGAUGUCGAAGCUCGAGGUGCCAAAGUUGACGAGACGCCACUCGCCGCCCUUGGAGGCGGGGGGUUUGGGUUGGGCGCAGAGGGUGUAGCCACAUAGGCCAUUAACGUUGCGCUCCUCGAUCAGGUCGUCGUAGUCGGAGGGCUGGAAGAGGCGGACGUUGGCCUUGAAGUCGGCGGCGUCGCGGGGCGAGGGAUGGGCGGCUGAGUAGAGGCGGCUGCCGCGCUCGGUGGGGUACUCGGACAGCAGAGCCAGGCACUCGAGGAUCUCGAGCUCGAGGUCUUUCCGCUGUUGGAUGAUGCGGGCGUGCUGCAGGGCGAGUUCGCGGGGGUCCUGCUUCCGCGGGUUCAGGACGGCGGCGGCGGCGGCGGUGUUGUUGCUGCCGUUGCUGUUGGUGACGGAGGGGCCGGCCGGCUUUUUGAGGAUGCCCUUGAGUGGCCGGGUAUCGGUGGCCAUGGUGUGGUUUGUGAGGGGAGUAUGAAUGGUGCACUGAGAGGUGUUUGAUGUUUGGUGUGAGGCGUAUUAACCUCCAAUUUGAAAUGGCAAGAGGUCUCAAGUCUGGGUUGUGACGAUGCAGCAGCAGCAACAAUUGAGACGGAUUGCAAUGCAGGUGGGCAAUGUGGGAGGCUAGCGUUGCAGGCGUGUGAGUGAUUGAAAAUUGUUAAGCAAAUCAGUUGGAGAAUGUUCGAUUCGCGGUAUUGCUUCUUCCCCCCCCCCCCCCCCCCCC